GUUGAGGAAUAAACGCCAGCGCCGGUUGUGUCCCUGAGUGGAGCUGAAUUGGCUUCAUUAACAAGCAGUGAAACUACACUUAGCAGGUAGUACUGUGAAGGAUGAUGGGGCUCACAAGCAGACUCUUCACCAAUAAGGUGUUUAAGAAAAAAAUCACCGAUAUCUUUAAAGUUGCUGUUGGUGGAGGAGUGGUUUUUGCAGGCAUCAAUGUCUACUUCAAAAAUGAGAAGUUUUAUGACACAUGGAUUAUGCCUGUUUUCUCUCUACUGGAUCCUGAGACAUCACACACCUUGGCAGUGACUGCAGCCAAGUAUAACCUGGUGUCUGAAGUUAAACUGAGAGAGUCUAAACUCCUGGCGUGUAGUGUACUGAACCUGUCCUUCAAGACACCCAUUGGUCUCGCAGCUGGGUUUGACAAAAAUGGGGAAGCUGUAGAAGGACUGGCCAACAUGGGUUUUGGUUUCAUUGAGGUGGGCUCAGUGACCCCCUUACCCCAGCCAGGCAAUCCCAAGCCUCGGGUGUUUCGCUUACCUGAGGACCAAGGUGUCAUUAAUAGAUGUGGUUUUAACAGCGAGGGUCAUGAGGCUGUUUAUGAGCGCUUGUCCCUGUUGCCUCCUCCAGGGAACAGAAAAGCAAUCUUGGGUAUCAACCUCGGGAAGAAUAAGACCGCACACGAUCACGUGCAUGAUUUUACUCUUGGGGUUGAGAAGUUUGGUCCAAUAGCAGAUUACCUUGUUAUCAAUGUUUCCAGCCCCAACACUCCAGGACUGAGAAAUUUACAGCACAGGGAGGAGUUGGAGGAGUUAAUUGAGGCUGUGGUGACAACCCGAGACAGUUUACCGGGCACACACAAACCCCCUCUCCUGCUGAAGAUUGCACCAGAUGUUUCAGAAGAUGACAAACAGAACAUAGCAAAUGUUGUCUUAAGGAGCAAAAAGCGGAUCGAUGGGCUGAUCGUGAGCAACACAACAGUUACCAGACCAACAUCACUUCAGAGUCCGGACAAAGAGGAAGUGGGAGGCCUCAGUGGUCAGCCCCUCAGGACUAUGGCUACACAUGCCAUCAGAGACAUGUAUCGUCUCACACAUGGGUCAGUGCCUAUCAUUGGUGUGGGUGGUGUUGCGAGUGGCCACGAUGCUUAUGAGAAGAUCUGCGCAGGAGCCAGCCUUAUCCAGCUCUACACUGGUCUCAUCUACCAUGGUCCACCUCUGGUAGUAAAAGUCACUAGUGAACUUGAAGAGCUUUUGAGACGUGAUGGAUUCAGCACAGUGACUGAGGCAGUUGGAGCGGAUUGCAAACAGUGAACAGUGUCUUUGGCUAUUCUUAUAUGUAACUUUCUCCCCUGAGAAAUCCUUUAUCUAAUUAACCAAAUAGGGAUUUGUUGCAUUUCCCCUUGGUAUUUAUAAUCUUAUUAACUUAAUGAACUGUAAGUCAUUGCAGCACUCCCAAAAAUUAGGUACUAAGAAUACCUCAGUGGAGUAUGCCAGGGAGUGAUUAAUGGACCACACACAUAUUGGAGAAGAAUCAUGAAGGAAAGCAGAAGACUGAUGCCAGAGAUGUGUGGGAAGGUUAGGUUACAUUGAAUUGAGUUUAGCAACAAUUUAUUUUCAAAAUUAAUAUUAUUGUCUGUGUUACACUUGGGACUGAGUAUCAGUUGACUUGACCCUGAAAGUUUCACCAUGACAAACAGGUUUCUGUAGGAAGUUGUACAAGUUUGGGAUCCUUUUUCUUGCAUCCCUUUAUCCAAAGGGUCCAAAAACCGGCAACUGUAGCUGUGGGUAGGAAUUUGAAAUGUGUGCCUAGUAGUUCAUCCAAGCUGCCGUUUUGAUUCGGUGGAGCCACCGAUGCAGCACUUCAGGUUAAGAGUUUGGUUUGCGUAAACACACAUCUUGCAUUUGACCCAGGGAUAUGAAUUCAGGGUACAGUGAUGAGAGGCAAGCAUGUUACUGCUAAACCACCAACACAUUAACUCAUUUCCUUCCAUUGUACUUGUACCGGUAUACUUGUUCAUUAAUCAUACUUUACUGAGACUAAAUAUUGAGGUUUUUUGCAGUGUGAAUAAGGUAAAACAGGGUAAUUAGGGAUGGCCACAAUCCAGGUAAGACACCAGAUUAUAUUAGGAUGAGUGAGUUGCAACUAGAGAGUAUCUAUCAUGCUGCUGCUGCCUAAUGUUAUUAGUUGGGGUUACAUUCCAAGGGGUUAUUUUUUAUGACAUUUUGCUCAUGUAAAUGCUACUGUACAUCACUUAUAACAUGUAAAAAAUUAAUUAAUUAAAAUAAUGCAUAAAACACUGAGAUUUACUUCGAACAAAGUGUUUUGAGGAACAUGCAGUUCCAGAGUUACAACCUCCUGACUUACAGACACUCGCACUUAUGAACGGGAUCCCAAUAUAUUCAUCACAAAAAAUUGGUAACUGAAAUCCCAUUUUUACAUUACUUUCAUUGUUCUAUAUUGUUUAACAUGAUUUUAUUUACAGUAUUUACAUUAUUUGUUAUGUAUGGGAUAUUUUGUUGUCUUGUAUGGGCAGGGUUGUGUUUUAACCUGACCUAAACUAUGGAAUUAACACUGUUCUGACUUAUGAACAGGGUCCAGGAAUGUAACUUGGGGACUGCCUGUACUUUGAAUGAAAAAACAAAAAAACAUGAAACACUGGAAAUUAUAUUAAAUACAGUAUUGAAAUAUGAAACAUUAGAAAUGUUUAAAUAUUGAGAUGUAUGUUGAACAAAGAUUUUAGGAAUUUUGUACUAAAAAAAAUUCAAAAUGCUUUAAACAAUGUUUAUAGAAUUUCCAGGAAGGGAACAGAAAAUUAAUUAAAAAAUAGAAAAACGUCAGCAAUGGUGUUAACCUUUGAGAAAUAUUGAUAUCUACUUUGGAAGAAGCUUAGAAAAAUAAAAAAAUGUAACUGUCAGAUAGGAUGUUAAACAUCAAGCCUAGAGCUCUUGCAAUAUACACAGCUUGUUCCCCCUUUUCAAAAUGCAUAUCACCUGUGAUUUCUUGAAUUUCAGCUCCAAGGAAAUAAUGUGCAUAUGUAAGAUAGCCCCCAUGGUGUGAUGAAAGUGCCAAGGCAGAAUAAUUUCUUCCUAAGUAUUAGGCAGAAAUUUUGAGUUGCUGAAGCUUCUAGUGAAAGAUACCUCAGUGAAGUGUUUUGAGUGAGACACUGUCAAUGAUUUUAAGAUGCAAAAAGAGAAGUUACUUAAAUCCUGUGGUGAUAGUAAUUUACCCAAGCAAAUUGGUUUUAUUUUAUGUUGGUACAUUCUAGACUCUGUGCUCUAAAAUACAGAAGAAAAAACAUCUGGAUCUCCUUGGGUUUAAAGCUUCCCAGAUAAGGGAUCCUAUACUUGUACAAUGUGCAGAAAAAAUAACAAAAUAAUAAAGUACCCAAAAUAGUUAAUACCAAAAAAUUUACCAGAGUAAGUAUUGCUAUGUUCUUACUUCCCAGUAGUAUUAACAUUGGGGUAAAUAAUGAAACUAUGUUUGUGUUUGGAAGUUAACUUUAAUACAGUACUGUAUUGUAUAUUAGAAUAUUUAAUGUGUUAAACAGUCAACUGAAUGAGUUUAGUGGAUCACCUUCCAUAUAAUCCAUAAAACAGCUGUACUCUAUAUACUGUACUGAAAAUUUUAUACUUCUGAACUUGUCAUAUAGCAUUUCCUCAUCAUAAAGUUCCUUACAGGCGAGAUGAGAAAAAUAGCACCACACGCAUUUUCCAAUACAAGGGAAAUAGAAGAACUAUUACUAAUACAGUUAUUUUUAUAUAACAUUAUGUACUUUAUAUUUUAUACAAAAUAAAUCUACCAACCUUU